UGUUACCCGUAAUUCAAUUCAUUGGGAACAGUGUGGGCUCCGGAUGAACCCGACAUUUUUCGUUCGAAAUUGUAAAAUACCUACCAUCUCAGAUAUGCCACGUCAUACGUAUCACCUCCUGGCUACAUAAUGAAAAGAUAUGCCAACAUUAUCCCGGGAGUCGACAUUGUGGACCAUUACGUGUACACGGGUGCACUAAUAUACAACGAUGGUAAUUGCGCACCGGAGAUAAAGAGGCGUAUAGGUAUGGCUAAGUACGCCAUGACCACAUGUACACAUCUGAAAAAGGUGGAGAAUUACCAAUACCACAAAGACGCGGUUAAUACGUGCUCUUAUCUUCCCAAUUUUACUGUAUGGGGUAGAAACGUGGACGAUACAAGAUCGAGAAAGAUAAUCACUGAGAUGUGGUGCUGGAGGCGCAUAUUACGUAUGCCCUGGACAGCCAAGCGUACCAAUGCAUCAAUUCUUUCGCAGCUUCGUGUUCGAAUCCGCCUCUAUACAUUCUGUCAGCAGAGACUUAUCACAUAGGUAUUUCAUUCAUAUAAUGAGGAGGAAGAAUGAGAGCCUGAAAAGCUGAUCGUAGUUGGGAAUACUGCAAACGAGCCCAUGGAAGGUCCCAUACCAGAUGGAACGGUCAAGUGAAAGACCCACAUUCGAGUGCUGCUGUCAGAGAAAGAAUGGCCAGGCACCGAUGGAUAAAGAUCAUAUGAAGUAACACAGCACCAGCAUAGCCAAGGAUGAGCAAGAAUCUCAGUUAUGAGGGAACGACCACAGAGAGAGAUAUUAUAACUGCGCCCAUGAUUUGUCUGCAUUGCCAAAAUAUUCUCUGCAGGAAUCUUGGAGAGAGGCUUGGUCGAUUUUUAAGCCAAAAAGUGGAGCAUUUGCUAGUAUUCCAAACUGUGUUCUCAUUUUUGGAGUUGAGUAGGAGAGUCAUCUUGACGCGAGAGAAUUUGGACUGCUGUAAGCUGUAAAUGUGCAGUAUAAGUAUUCCAUUCUUUAAUAUUCUUGUCUAUCUUUUCCUGUACCUAUCCAAAAUCUUAUUACCUUUUUCAAAAUUUUGAAAGACUUGUAAAUAAAUUACCUCAUUAAAAAAAACUUAACAAAGGGUCAAACUCUCAGCGCGCGGAGACAAAUAUGCCAACGUAGUGUUUAAAUUCUCUUUGCGCCAAUAAAAUAAACCAAGAAAGAGAUAAUAGAAUAGAUAAUUAGAUAGUAGCAAAGAGUAUAAUAAUAAUUAUAGAGAAUAAAAAAUAUUUACAAAAUUUAACGAAAACUUUGAUUUGUCAUUUUAGGACAUUAACCAGUUUUGCCGUAAGAAUUUAAUAUAUUUUAACAUGAAUAUUUCUAGUGAAUCCAUAUCUGUAAUGAUAAAUGAGAAACUACAUUAUGGUGAAAGUCUUAUUAGUAAACUUCAAGAAAUACGAAAUACAGAGGGUGUUACGAAAUUACAAAGAAAAAUUAAACAAGAAUUGGACUUCCUCCGCCGGUUACAAAAUUCAAAGAAUACUGUAAAAGUUGAACAAUUAUCAUGUUCAAAUCUUAGACAUCUCGGUGCCUUAGUUGAUUGUUCCUUGAGACCUGGAGUUAUAUCAGUGUGUAAGAUAUUUCAUAUUGAUGAAAAUAAUAAGUUAAUUAUUGAUAUAAUUAGUGAUGAGGGCAAAGUAUGGACAAAAGUGAUUGCUCGUAAUCCAAAGUCUCUGUCAGCACUGAGUUUGGGAAAAGCUUCGUACGGAGCUAGAUCAAUAUUGGACCAAGCCAAAGAUUAUUUAGAAUGUGCUCAGCUUUAUCCGUGCAUGUAUAAACCACCAAAAAUUGUUUUUGAAUUUGUGAGUGGUAUUGAAAAGAACUUAGCUUUUAAAUUAAAAGGCUUAGGUGUUGUUGUAAAAGGUGACAUAGUAUCAAGCUCCCAGAAGGAAAACUUACAUGAGUAUGAAUCUAGUGAUGAAGAUAGUCUUAGAGAGACCAGACAAUUAGAGGGACUGUUAUUGCAAGACUUACCUUUAUCUCCAAAUGCAGAAGAAACUAGAAUAGAUAUUUUGAACCUGGAUGUCACAGCCAUGAUGGCAUAUGUGAGUAACAUGACGAAUGGCCAUUGCAACUAUAUCUUCAAACAGGAAGUAUUGACACAGCAAUCGGCAUGGGAGUCUGAGAGACCCGUUAAACCUAUUUUGGAAAAGUUAUUUGAAGGUAAAACAUUGGUCUGCUGUAGAACGGCCUGGGAUGAUUUUGAGAAGAUUAUGAAUACAUUAGGUGGAUCAAUGGAAAAACAAAGAGCAAUGGAAUUGAGAGAGAAAUUAACAAUUUACGAUGAUGAUUUUGGGGGUGUGGACGAUUACCCUAGAAAAAUGUUAAAAGUUAGAGGGAAUGUCCGAAUGAGAUCUAAAAUAGUGUUUAAUUUUGGGCAUCGAAUCAAAGCAAUUACAGUGUCAGCAAAUGAAGGUUUUGUGAGAGCAGCAAUGCAACAGGGUGUGAAUUAUGCGGUUUUUAUUCAUGAAUCCAGAGCUCUUACUGAAGGCAAAGAAGCAAGUGCAUCAAAAAUUUUAUGAUAUCAAGAUUGGAUAGUUGUGUUUUGUGGUUACACCUCAAGAUGACAGUGACAGAUAGCAUCUUCUCAUUUAAUAUACUCAUUGUUAUCAUCAUAGUAUAGACUAUAGAGAAAUUUGCCAAUUAUUGUAAUCACUGGUAUUUAUUUAGAAGUACCAAAGCUUGUUUAUUCAAAAAUUUUAUGACACUUUAUUUUAAUUUAUCUUGAAUAGGGCUAAAUUAAACAACAAUUUAAAUAGUAUUUAUAAUAAUUGUAUUCUGCACACAGGUUCAAUAAGGAUUUCCGAUUUGAAUUUUUUUUUCUUAUUGUUACUGAUCAUUGUGAUGGAACAUUAACAAAGCUUCUAUUAAUUGUGAUAUACUAUGUGAUAAUAACAUGGUUAAGAUUGAAUAAAUUACUAUACUAGAGAUUUUUUGAGAAUAAAAGCUAUAUAGAGUCGUACUAAAUUAUGGCCAAUAUACUAUUUUAUAUGUUGCGGACCAAAAUUAAUAAAAAUAAAAACUAAAAAUAAUUUUGUACAUACUGGCAGAUAUGGUGAACUAUUGUGAUAAUGCAUAAUUUACUGAUUUGAAUAAUUAAUUACUCUUAUGAGAUCAAUAGAUUCUGCAUACAUAAAAAAAUAAAUUCCGGAACUAAUACAAUAUUAAUGUGUUGAUAAACAUACCUUUACUUACUAGGAAAAUAAAUGUAUUUGUUAUUG